CUCGGGACGACCGGCCUGGAGCUCGCGAGCAGGAGCGGGUGCGGAGCCGGGCGCGGAGACUGGCGCUCAGGACUUUGUUCAGCGGGUUGAAAAGGAUCAAGCAGGCCUUGUGGAGCGUGGGAAUCUAGCGACUUGAAAGGGGGCGGUUCGAGAAGGAAAACCUGCGUUCUGCCAUGAAACCGCUUGGUAAGAGGUUGGAGGGCCCAAUGGCUGCAAAGUCACAGUCCAACGACCCCAAAACCAAGAGUCCUGGCAGCGUCAGCGAGGCCGCGACCCACGGGCAGUGGGGCCGUGCCUGGGAGGUGGACUGGUUUUCCCUGGCAAGCGUCACCUUCCUGCUGCUGUUUGCACCCUUCAUCGUGUACUAUUUCAUCAUGGCCUGCGACCAGUACAGCUGCUCCCUGACGGCCCCCUUGGUGGACAUCACUACCGGGCGGGCUCGACUCUCGGACAUCUGGGCCAAGACGCCACCUGUGACGACGAAAGCGGCCCAGAUCUACGUGGCAUGGGUCACGUUCCAGGUGCUUCUGUACGUGCUGCUUCCUGACUUCUGCCACAAGUUUCUGCCGGGCUACGUGGGGGGCGUUCAGGAGGGCGCCAUGACUCCUGCAGGAAUCGUCAACAAGUAUGAGAUCAACGGCCUGCAAGCCUGGCUCAUCACGCAUCUCCUCUGGUUUCUUAAUUCCUACCUCCUCGCCUGCUUCUCUCCCACCAUCAUCUUUGACAACUGGAUCCCGCUGCUCUGGUGUGCCAACAUUCUGGGCUACACCGUCUCCACCUUCGCCAUGAUCAAGGGCUACUUCUUCCCCACCGACGCCCGAGACUGCAAAUUCACAGGCAAUUUCCUUUACAACUACAUGAUGGGCGUUGAGUUUAACCCCCGAAUCGGGGAGUGGUUUGACUUCAAGCUCUUCUUCAAUGGACGCCCCGGGAUCGUCGCCUGGACCCUCAUCAACCUGUCCUUCGCAGCCAAGCAGCAGGAGCUCUAUGGCCACGUGACCAACUCCAUGGUCUUGGUCAACGUCCUGCAGGCCAUCUAUGUGCUGGACUUCUUUUGGAACGAAACCUGGUACCUGAAAACCAUUGACAUCUGCCACGACCACUUUGGGUGGUACCUGGGCUGGGGGGACUGCGUCUGGCUGCCGUACCUCUACACGUUGCAGGGUCUGUACCUGGUGUACCACCCCGUGCAGCUGCCCACCCGCUACUCCCUGGGCGUCCUGCUGCUGGGCCUGCUGGGCUACUACAUCUUCCGGAUGGCCAACCAUCAGAAGGACCUUUUCCGCCGCACGGACGGGCGCUGCCUGAUCUGGGGCAGGAAGCCCAGGGUCAUCGAGUGCUCCUUCACGUCGGCCGAUGAGCAGAAGCACCACAGCAAGCUGCUGGUGUCCGGCUUCUGGGGCGUGGCCCGCCACUUCAACUACACCGGCGACCUGAUGGGCAGCCUGGCGUACUGCCUGGCCUGCGGCGGCGGCCACCUCCUGCCCUACUUCUACAUCAUCUACAUGGCCAUCCUGCUUACCCACCGCUGCCUGCGGGACGAGCACCGCUGUGCUAACAAGUACGGCCGCGACUGGGAGCGCUACACGGCCGCCGUGCCUUACCGCCUGCUGCCCGGAAUCUUCUGAAGGGCCGCCCCGGGAGGAGCCCCCAGCGGGGCAGGGAGGAGAGCUGGAGUCAGGUCCGCUGGGGCAGCAGGAUCUCUGCGCCGCACUCCAGGAGCCUCUGCGUCCUCACCUGUAAGAUGCAAACAGCCCGGCACUUGUCCUGAGUGGAAUUCCGGGGGCUUACACCGACUGCCUUCUCGCCAGCAGAAGUGACCAGCUUUCUCCGUGCAGUGUCCCCAGGGUGGGAGGAUGACCUGGCUGGCUCACAGAUGACGCUGUUUCUUCUCUGGGGUCUGAGCUGCCCGCUGCCCAGACAGCAGGAGUCCGACACGGAACGGGAUGUCUUCUAGCCCCCGUGGUCAGUCCUGCCCUUACUCUUGCUAAAUAAAGUAGAAGUGGACACGUAA